AUUUUAUUUCAUUUUCAUUCUGGAUUUGUCAAUUUUUUCUGGUUUUUUUCUUCCUUUCAUUGCUCCGAUCAUCGAUAGCUUGUUUGAUCACUGAAUUUCAUAAAAAAAUUGUUGUGAUGACAUAGCAUCGAAAAUGUCAUCAUCAUCUGAAUCAUCAUCAGAAUCGCCUAUAAUCGAUUCAACGAUUAUUGAAUCAGCCACUAAUUCUACAAGUUUAAAUUGGGCCAGUGAAUGGUUUGGUUAUAUUGCAUUAUGCAUGUUUUCCAUGGUGUUAGUCGUACCAACAUUGGGUAUUUUUGGCCUUAUGAUUUGGGAAUACUUUUCCGAUGAAGCUGAACGUAAAGCGGAAAGAAAAAAAGAGAUUGAUGAAGCGAUGGAACAACACUUUGGUGGCGGUACAAUUGACGAUAAAAAGUUACGAAAACGAAAAAAACGUUUGGAACGAUUACAAAAACAGCAGCAACAGCAGCAACAACAACAAGAACAAAAAGAAGAUACCAACAACAACAACAACAAUAAUAAUCGUACAGCCAAUCAUACAUCAUCAUCAGCUGAUCAGUUUGAUGAUAUUCGUAUUGAUGAUAUAAAUGAUGAUGAUACGCCGAUGAAUACAAAUGACUAUGAUAAUUUCGAUGCUGAUCUAUUUGAUGAUGAUUCCGAUACGGAUACUGAUUCUGAAACAGAGAAUUUAAAUGACGUCGAUAGUGUUCUGAAACAAGCUGAAUGUCUAUUACAUCGUCGUAAACGUCCAAUUAGAACAACAGAUAACAAUGAUACAGAUGCAGCAAAUAAAUUUGAUGAAAUUCUUACCUGAAAAAAAAUUUAAAAAUUAAAUUUAGUCACAUUUAUUAGUAAAAAGAAAUUGUUGUAUUUAUUGAUCCAAUAUGAUGAAUAUAUUUAAAUUAAAC